AUGAAAAGUUUCCAAAAGAAUGAAUCUCAAAUUUCGAAAAAAGGAAAUUCUAAGACCGAAACGUCUUAUAUCAAUCACGAUAAAGAUAAAAUUAAUUAUUUAUUGAUAAAAGAAAAUUCUGAUAAUAAAUCUGAAAAUAAAAUCAUCGAUUUAAAUGAUUUUCCAGCAUUGAAUUGUGAUUCUAAAACUACAGUUAAUCGCAGGCAACAACAAAUUGGUAAUAGUAGUGAAAUAAAUUGUAGAAAAUCAUGGAUAUCUGUUGUAAAUACAAACAUAAAAAAUAAUGGCGAAAAUGAAAAUAUAAAACAAACUAAUAAUAUUAACUUAUUACAAAUUAAAGAAGAUAAUAAUGAAAAGAAUAAUGAAGUUAUGAGCAAGAAGAAAAAUAAAAAAAAGGCAUCAUCUUCCAAAAAAGUUAUUGUAAAACCUGCCAAUAAUCCUUAUAAAAAAAAAAGAAGUGCUCCAAUAUCUGUUAAUUUAAUCGAAGUCAUUAAUGUUUGUAUUAUAUCCAUAAAUGUAUUUACCAUUAAUAAAAGUUGCAGUACUUUACAUGAUUUACUUUAUUUUAUUAUGUUUAGGUACUGUGAAAACCUAAUAACUCCUUCUCUCGAUUUAGCUGUAGCAGAACUCAUAAAAGAUUUAAUAAGAUUACAGGAUAGAGCAUUCAUACAUGAUCCGAUAAAAGCGAAAGCUAAAAAACGACACAUAUCUGGAUUGAGAGAAGUUAAAAAAUAUUUUACAUUAAAUAAAAUCAAAAUGCUUAUAAUUCCACCUAAUUUGGAAAAGUUACAAAUGGAAGGAAGCAUUUUUGAUACGAUAAAUGAAUUGAAAGCUUUGGCAAAAAGUCAAAAUGUACCUUGUGUAUUCGCAUUGAACAGGUACAAAUUGGGAAGGUGUACAAAAAAAAAUGUUUCAGAUAGAUUUCAAAGUGUUUUAAAAGAAUUAGAAGAUGCUAAAAAAUUAUUUGUCGAAAAAGUUCAAAAAGAAGACAAUAUUAAUAAACAAAAUGAAAUGGAAAAAAUUAAUCUUCCACUUAAAACGACUUUAAAGGAAGCUUUGGUAGAAAAUUUACACAAAAAAAAAUAA